GGAAAGUGAAAGGCACAGAGCGCCUCUCUUUCCCCCGUCUGACUCGUUUCUCGACUGCUCCGGGCUGCCGUUGUAUUGUGGGAUCGCGGCGCCGCGCCUGAGACGCUGGGAUCCGCAGGGGCGCCCACUCGCUAGCACCUCCUGUCGUCCGUAAGGCUGCCCUGCUAUUUCUCGGCACCCCAACUCCCCCCCGUCGCCUCCUCCUCCAUCCUCCAGUUCAAAAUGGCGGCGGCGGCGGCAGCGGCGGCGGCGAUGGCUCCUCCGGGCUGCCCGGGUUCGUGCCCCAACUUCGCCGUAGUCUGCUCCUUCUUGGAGCGCUACGGGCCGCUGCUCGACCUGCCUGAGUUGCCGUUCCCCGAGCUGGAGCGGGUGCUGCAGGCGCCGCCGCCGGACGUCGGCAACGGAGAAGUACCAAAAGAAUUAGUGGAGCUCCAUUUGAAGCUGAUGAGGAAGAUUGGCAAAUCUGUUACAGCCGACAGAUGGGAGAAAUAUUUGAUCAAGAUAUGCCAAGAGUUUAAUAGCACCUGGGCAUGGGAGAUGGAGAAGAAGGGCUAUCUUGAAAUGAGUGUUGAAUGCAAACUAGCACUCUUAAAGUACCUCUGCGAGUGUCAGUUUGAUGACAAUCUCAAAUUCAAGAAUAUUAUCAAUGAGGAGGAUGCCGACACCAUGCGUCUCCAGCCAAUUGGCCGAGACAAAGAUGGCCUCAUGUACUGGUACCAGUUGGAUCAAGAUCACAAUGUCAGAAUGUACAUAGAAGAACAAGAUGAUCAAGAUGGCUCUUCAUGGAAAUGCAUUGUCAGAAAUCGAAACGAGUUGGCUGAGACUCUUGCCCUCCUGAAAGCACAAAUCGAUCCUGUCCUAUUGAAAAAUUCUAGCCAACAGGACAGCUCUUCCCGGGAAAGUCCCAGCUUGGAGGAUGAGGAGAAUAAAAAGGAGGAAGAAACACCUAAACAAGAGGAACCAAAGGAAAAUGAAAAGAUGAAAAGUGGAGAGCAGCCAAUAGAUUCAGAAAACCAUUCUACACCCAAUGCUCUAGAAGAGACUACUGUGAAAAUAGAAAAAGAAGAUGAAAAGGAACUUGUGAAAUUGCCAGUCAUAGUGAAGCUAGAAAAACCUUUGCCAGAAAGUGAGGAAAAAAAGAUUAUCAAAGAAGAAAGUGAUUCCUUCAAGGAAAAUGUCAAACCCGUUAAAGUGGAAGUAAAGGAAAGUAGAGCAGAUCCGAAAGAUACCAGAAGUAGCAUGGAGAAGCUAGAGCCUGAAAGGCUAGAGUUUGGUGGCAACGUUAAAUCUUCUCAAGAAAUUACUGAGAAGUCUACUGAAGAGACUGAGAAACUUAAAAAUGACCAGCAGGCCAAGAUACCGCUAAAAAAACGAGAAAUUAAACUGACUGAUGAUUUUGACAGUCCGAUCAAAGGACCUUUGUGUAAAUCAGUUACCCCAACAAAAGAGUUUUUGAAAGAUGAAAUAAAACAAGAGGAAGAGACUUGUAAAAGAAUCUCUACAAUCACUACUUUGGGUCAUGAAGGGAAACAACUGGUAAAUGGAGAAGUUAGUGAUGAAAAGGUAACUCCAAAUUUUAAGACAGAACAAAUGGAGACAAAGUUUUAUGAUACAAAGGAAGAUAGCUGUAGCCCCUCUAAGGACAGAAAUGUCAUCAUGGAGGGAAAUGGAGCAGAGUCCUUAAAUUCUGUCAUAACAAGUAUGAAAAUAGGUGAUCUUGAGAAAGAAGUGGUCCCUUUAGGGAAAGAUGCAGAUAGUUCAAUAUCAGUCGUAGAGACCCAGAGUCAAAAAGGGCAGAUAGAGGAAACUGGUCCUCCAGAAAUAGAAACCUCUCUGGAGACUUCUGAGAUGGCAAAGGAUCUCUCUUUGAAAACUGCUUUAUCUACCACUGAAUCCUGUACCAUGAAAGUUGAAGAGAGGUCUCCCAAAAGUAAGAAGGAUAGGCGCCCACCAGUCCUAGAAUGUCUUGAAAAGUUAGAGAAGUCCAAAAAGACUUUUCUUGAUAAGGACACACAAAGAUUGAGUCCAAUACCAGAAGAGGUUCCAAAGGAUACUGUAGAAUCAGUAAAACCAGGCUCUCCCGAGGCAGCUGCAAUAUCUCCACCACCUAACAUGACUGGUCACUGUGAGAAACUGGCCUCAGAAAAAGAAGUGGUAGAGUGUCAGAGCACAAGUUCCACUGAAGGUCAGUCCCUGGGAAAAACGGACCCAGAAAUUCUGAAAGAGGAUUCUGAAUCCACGAAGGUAGAAAUAGAUAAUCUGGACAAUCCCCAGACCUCUGGCUCAGAGGAUCCUUCUGAGACAAAGGGUUCUAUGCAAAAAAGCAAAUUUAAAUAUAAGUUGAUUCCUGAUGAAGAAACCACUGCCUCAGAAAACACAGAGAUAACCUCUGAAAGGCAGAAAGAGGGCAUCAAAUUAACGAUUAGGAUAUCCAGUCGGAAGAAGAAGCCAGAUUCUCCUCCCAAAAUUCUAGAACAAGAAACCAAGCAAGAGAAGAAAGAAAAGGAAGAAGAGAAAACAAAUGUGGGUCGUACUUUAAGGAGGUCUCCAAGAAUAUCUAGACCCACAGCGAAAGUGGCUGAGAUCCGAGAUCAGAAGGCUGAUAAAAAAAGAGGGGAAGGAGAAGAUGAAGUAGAAGAAGAGUCAACAGCUUUGCAAAAAACAGACAAAAAAGAAAAUUUGAAAAAAACAGAGAAGGAUACAAAUUCUAAAGUAAGCAAGGUAAAACCCAAAGGCAAAGUUCGAUGGACUGGUUCUCGAACACGUGGCAGGUGGAAAUAUUCCAGCAAUGACGAAAGUGAAGGGUCUGACAGUGAAAAAUCGUCUGCAGCUUCAGAAGAGGAAGAAGAAAAAGAAAGUGAAGAAGCCAUCCUAGCAGAUGAUGAUGAACCAUGCAAAAAAUGUGGCCUUCCAAACCAUCCUGAACUGAUUCUUCUGUGUGACUCUUGUGACAGUGGAUACCACACUGCCUGCCUUCGCCCUCCUCUGAUGAUCAUCCCUGACGGAGAAUGGUUCUGCCCUCCUUGCCAACAUAAACUACUGUGUGAAAAAUUAGAGGAACAGUUGCAGGAUUUAGAUGUUGCCUUAAAGAAGAAGGAGCGGGCUGAACGCAGGAAAGAACGCUUGGUGUAUGUGGGUAUCAGUAUUGAAAACAUCAUUCCGCCACAAGAGCCAGAUUUUUCUGAAGAUCAUGAAGAAAAGAAAAAAGAUUCAAAAAAAUCAAAAGCAAACUUGCUUGAAAGGAGGUCAACAAGAACACGGAAAUGUAUAAGUUAUAGAUUCGAUGAGUUUGAUGAAGCAAUUGAUGAAGCUAUCGAAGAUGAUAUCAAAGAAGCUGAUGGAGGAGGAGUUGGCCGAGGAAAAGAUAUCUCCACCAUCACAGGUCACCGUGGGAAAGACAUCUCUACUAUUUUGGAUGAAGAAAGAAAAGAAAAUAAACGACCCCAAAGGGCAGCUGCUGCUCGCCGGAAGAAACGCCGGCGACUAAAUGAUCUGGACAGUGACAGCAACCUGGAUGAAGAAGAGAGUGAGGAUGAAUUCAAGAUCAGUGAUGGAUCUCAAGAUGAGUUUGUUGUAUCUGAUGAAAACCCAGAUGAAAGUGAAGAAGACCCACCAUCUAACGAUGACAGUGACACUGAUUUCUGUAGCCGAAGACUGAGGCGACAUCCCUCCCGGCCAAUGAGGCAAAGCAGGCGUUUGCGGAGAAAGACCCCAAAGAAAAAGUACUCCGAUGAUGAUGAAGAGGAGGAGUCUGAGGAGAAUAGUAGAGACUCUGAAAGUGAUUUUAGCGAUGAUUUUAGUGAUGAUUUUGUAGAAACUCGGCGAAGGCGGUCAAGGAGGAACCAGAAAAGACAAAUUAACUACAAAGAAGAUUCAGAAAGUGAUGGUUCACAGAAGAGCUUACGACGUGGUAAAGAAAUCAGACGAGUUCACAAACGUAGGCUUUCCAGCUCAGAGAGUGAAGAGAGCUAUAUGUCCAAGAACUCUGAAGAUGAUGAGCUAGCAAAAGAAUCAAAGCGGUCAGUUCGAAAGCGGGGUCGAAGCACAGAUGAGUAUUCAGAAGCAGAGGAGGAGGAGGAAGAGGAAGGCAAACCAUCCAGAAAACGGCUACACCGGAUCGAGACAGACGAGGAAAGUUGUGACAAUGCUCAUGGAGAUGCAGAUCAGCCUGCCCGUGACAGCCACCCGAGGGCCCUGCCCUCAGAACAAGAGAGCACCAAGAAGCCCUAUCGGAUAGACAGCGAUGAAGAAGAGGACUUUGAAAAUGUUGGCAAGGUGGGCAGCCCAUUGGACUAUAGCUUAGUAGACUUACCUUCCACCAAUGGACAGAGUCCUGGCAAAGCCAUUGAGAACUUGAUUGGCAAGACAACUGAGAAGCCUCAGACCCCCAAGGACAACAGUACAGCCAGUGCAAGCCUGGCCCCCAAUGGGACAAGUGGUGGGCAGGAGGCAGGGGCACCAGAAGAGGAGGAAGAUGAGCUUUUGAGAGUGACUGACCUUGUUGAUUAUGUCUGUAACAGUGAACAGUUAUAAGACUUUUUUUCCAUUUUUGUGCUAAUUUAUUCCACGGUAGCUCUCACACCAGCGGGCCAGUUAUUAAAAGCUGUUUUAUUUUUCCUAGAAAACUCCACUACAGAAUGACUUUUUAGAAGAAAAAUUUCAACAAACCCUGAAGUCUUUCUGUGAAGUGACCAGUUUUGAACUUUGAAGAUAAAUAAUUGCUGUAAAUUCCUUUUGAUUUUUUUUUCCAAGUUCAUGGUCCUUGGUAAUUUCAUUCAUGGAAAAAAAAUCUUAUUAUAAUAACAACAAAGAUUUGUAUAUUUUUGACUUUAUAUUUCCUGAGCUCUCCUGACUUUGUGAAAAAGGGUGGAUAAGAAUGCAUUCCGACUCUGAGGGCCCAAAACAGAAUUAGGGGUGGGAGAAAGCACUUGUGCUUUAGCUUUUUCAUAUUAAAUAUAUAUUAUAUUUAAACAUUCAUGGCAUAGAUGAUGAUUAACAGACUGUUUAAAAGUUCAAGUCUGUAUUGUUACUGUUUGAGAACUGUAGAUAACAUCAUACCUAAGUCAUUUAGUAACAGCUUUCAUGAAAUCAACUUGUUUACUAUUGGAGAUUACCACACUUAAUAAAGAAGAGACCGAGAAAGUACCAUCAUAAAAAACUCUAACUUAAGUUUCUGUUAUAGCGGAGUUUCUUGUUUAAAAAAAAAAAAAUCAUCUGAAAAGCAUUUGUACAGUAAAAUGUAUAGUGAAGCUUUGACAACCAGAUUGUGCUAGCAACAAGUUUUUUCAAACAGCUUUAUGCAGUGGUGAUGAGGUGGCCUCUGACACACCAUCAUGGAGAGUUAUUAGGGACAUGAGCGUGGUCUUUCUUAAGGCCCAGGUGGACUGUAAACUUUGCAGAUUGUGUAACUUGUCUUCUGGCCACUUAAUAUUUAAAUAUCUGAAAUAUCAUUUUGAAAGAAGUACAUCUAUACAUAACUUACAUGAAGAGAUGCUAAGCUGACAGUGGUAUUUUAGCACAUUUGAAGAAGGGGAAAGGAUUUUCAGGUGAAUUUUAACUGGUCUAUUCUUGCCCUUAGUAUCUACUUCAAAUUGAAGUCUACAAACAAAGCAGUUCCUUUGGGAGGUUUUUAGUUGAGUUUUAGCAUGUGUGUGUGUGUAUAUGUGUGUGUAUGUGUGUGUGUUGGAAUUUCCUAUCUGCCUGGAUAUAUUAGCAGGGUUUGAAUGUAGUUUUGGCCUUUGGCCAUUAGACUUCUAUUAAAAUUCAUUAAUAGUCACACAACCAACAAAGAGUUGAUUGAGAUCCGCCAGUGUGCUUAAUAGGCAUGACAUCCAUUUCAAACAUCUCAACACUUUAAAGAAAGAGACCCUUUGUUUCAAGAAAAGGGGUUUGUAACUAACUAAAUAUCUAACAUGUAAUUGACACUAAAAUAUGAACUUUAUCUUACUUAGUUUCUGUUACAGCUGUAAAAUUUCAGGCAGAGCCAUAAAUAACAUUGUACAAAGUGUAGCACUUGUGAUUAAACGUUGCCUGUCAAAUUCUGAAACCUUCAGCCAUUACUUCUGUGAAUACUUUUGCCCUGGGAUUCGGGUUUUUCUGUUCCAGUGUUGUGUCUGUUGCCGGCAAUGGACACACCAUAUCUGCUGCUGGCCCAAGGAACUUCAUUAAUUUUUCUUUCCAAAUUAAGCAUUAUAUAUGCUAGUCAGUGUAUAGGAAAGCACUUCUCUUUUUUAUUAUUAAAAAGCUGGCAUUAGACUUGCAUUAUAAAUACCUCUCUAGAAACUUUAUACUCCUUCUUUUCCUUCCUCAAUGGGUGUUGCCCUUAAAUCUUAUCUUUUGGCCUUGAAAGUUUAUAGCUGUUGUUUUCCGUUGUUGGUUCUUUUGUUUUGUUCACUUUAGUUCUGUAGUACCUGCGCAUUAAUAUUUUUGCUUUGGUUCUAGCAAUGUAUAUGUAUCUGUAUAAAAAAUAAAAUAAUGAAAGCAGCCUAAAACUAGGAUGCACCAAUAGCAUGUGGUUCCAAGCAAGUUGUGAUUUUUAUUUGGAGACAAUGCUCCACUGGAAGGGAGGGAAGGGCUUACAUUCACAGACAGUAGAGCAGGGCUGUGUAAGGAGCCACAUUCACUUACCAAGCCUCCUUUCUAGCUAGGUUUGUUCCAUUUAUUGAAAGUCAGUUAAGAAUGUUAGCCUUUUUAACUAUCUAAAACAGGUAAUAGAAGGAUUCCUACUAGUGCAAGGUAAGUGGUUAGAAUGUGCAGUUGGCCUCUCCUGCCCCCAAUCUCCCUCUACCAUUUUAGUCCUGCAGCUGGAUAAAGCCACUACCGGGUAGAAACUCCCAUGUACCCUGUCUCUACCUCUCGACACACCGGCUCCUGCUUCCACCUGUUAGUUCUGCUCUUCAGUUAAGCAAGUGAUAAGAAGUAUUAAAUGGGUAUUUAUUUUACGAUGCCUAAUGUGAAAUAAGGAGUUUUUUUUACCCUUCUGCCACAGAGAGCAAAGGUAAUCUUUUCCCUAGCAAAGCCUGAGUAUUCCAUUUAGCAAACCUCCCACUAACGUGGGCUUUGAUACCACUUUUGCUGCCUGUUAUUUACCAAACUUGAAUUAAGUGUUUGUGAACUUUAAAGUGAGUGUAUCCCUUCUAACCUUACAUUCUGAUUAAACCAAUUAAUUAUGUUUCAUCUAGAAAGAGCGCAGUCCUAGCAGCUGAUACUUACAAAUUAUUGUCACGCAGAUUAAUUAUGGGUGAUUAAAUGUUGAACAGUGCAAAGAAGAUUCUGCUGCUUGGUGUUUAGAUUCAAUCCCUCAAUGAGUCUGUAUUCACUGAAAUGUUAACUCUGAACAUGCUUUGAAGAAGUUAAAAAAAAAUACAGGAAAUUUAGGAAGAAGUAAACGUUCUGUGUCCAAAGAGAUAAUUAAGACAUUAGGAAAUGGACAGAGUAUAGGAAAGCAGCAUUCAUCUAGAGUUUAGAACAUCUUGGGUCCUUAUUAGAGUUUUAACCAUGGAUUUAAGUUCACGACAGCUGCUAUAUAAUAAAGCCCUUUAAUACUUUAAACCCCUUUUUUGAAAUACAAGUUGGACUCCUGUUAUCAGACUCUGCAGUCUAGCAAACAUAUUAAGGGGAGAUGUAGUUUAGUACUCAGAAUAUUUAGUUUGCAAUUUCUGUAAAGCUUUGAAAAGUAGUCAAAUUUUCAUAAAGCAGAAGCUUUGAAUUAAAAUAUGUGAAAAGAACUCAGACUGAAAAUAGAUGUUUUGGUUUUGUAGACUUGCGCUGAUGACAUAGUGUUUAAUGUAAAACAUUUUCCAUUGUUGGCACAUUACUAGAGAAUGAUGGUGGAGAGAUUUUCAAGAAUAUACCUAAUAUAUUGACAUUGAGUUUCCUUGACACAUCCUUUUCCAGUUGGUCAAGGUUGCAAACUCAGAGAAUAAAGAGGAGUUUCAUUUAGAAUAAAUUCAUGUCUACUCAUAAUCUUUUUUUAAAAUGUGACCUGCCAAAGAACCAAGGACUUCAAAUGCUGAAGAAGUUGUUGGAAAAAAAGAUUUUUAAACAAAUUAAUUUUAGAAGGACAUUACAAACUUCAGUUUUCAAUUUGGUUGAUAGAACCCAUCCUAUAAUAUGUAUUUGAGCAAAGUAACAUAUAUUAAGAAAAAUUUAGACGUUUACUUAUCAUUUGAGUUGAAGUGAUGGGAAAUGUUAGCUGUUUUUAAGUGGGAUUGAUGGAAUUUCCUUUGUCACAAGGAAUGCCUUUUUUAGCUUAUGUUUGUGGGAAUAAGAGGUGUAAACCAUGUGUCAGUUUGUUCUACCAUAUAACUGAAAGGAACCUAAUGAAUCUACACGUUUAGUAUUCAGAAAAAGUUGUGAACUCUGCCCUUCACGAACAUAGUGGAACAAGUCCAUGAUUCAUGGCGUUGCCUCACAGCUAUAGAACAAGUAUUCAAAGA